AUGCAAUUUGAAAGAUCAUCAACUGUGUGUAGCAUAUCGCGCACAUUCUACUUUAUAGCCAUCUGCUUGGGGACUAUAACAUUUGCAAGUUAUAAUCCAUUGGUAUUAACGUGUACUAACGAAUUACAAGUUCCAUUGCCAUCUGCUUCAACCUACUUUAUUCCUCAUGAUAAAUAUUAUCCCCAAAGUGAAUAUUAUAAUAACCAUCUUUUCUAUAACCUAAAACCAUUUUUGCAAAAUCAAUCGCUUGAUGGCAAAGCCUUGGCAGCUAUGAUUCAUUAUAAGAUAAAAUCCGACUGUGGAUUUCAAUGCCAAAGUAGCAUACCCGUACAACAAUCUUAUGGGAUAGCGUUAAAGAACGCUACUGCAAAUACACGUGAGCAACUUUGGAUAUUGCAAACCCAGUUUUUUUCAGGAACUUUAAGUAUAGAUCAAACACUAAAGCAGUUAGCCUUCAUGGCAUCGAGUGGAACUAUACGGCCAGUUCCUAAAGACUUGAUUAUAAUUUAUGCCUUAUUGGUAAAGAUGUCAAAAAAUGGUGACUGCAGUAGUAUGUCAACAUCCUCCAUUAAGAAUCUAUUUUCAAUUUUGGAUCAUUUGUUAAAAAGGGAAUUAAAAUCUAAUUGGGAUAUUAUACAGAAACUAAAGGUUGUAAACAAUACUAAGAUAGAAAUCAAACGUAGCUAUUUAGUCUAUGCCUACUUCAAACACGGUCAGCCUGAUAAAUUAUUGUUUUCCGCUCGCUAUUUUACAUUGGAUUAUCUGAUAGCAGCAAAGAGAAAUAACUUUGGGAGGCGUUUGCAAAGUGACUUCUUAUCCAAAAUGGAAAAGGAUAUCAUUUCUAACGUAAUAUCCGCAAGUUUUAAAGCUAGAUCUAUCUAUCCAUUGAAAUCAAACGCAACUAUCACUUUCAAACACAAGCUACUUUGGAAGGCAAACAACCUACAAAAUGCGUACACAACGCAGUGUGUUUACUGGGAUUAUAAAAUCAAGGAUGGUUGGUCAGAUACUGGAUGUACUAUAAAGUCAACUAAUCAUACUCAUACUAUUUGUGUGUGUAACCACUUAACAGAUUUUGCCUUAGCUUCUGUUACUGUAUCGCAAUUUACGCCAUCUUUAACUCGAGUAAUAGCGAAUCAAGGGUUGAUUAUGGCCAGAAUUAAACAUCCAUCGCAAAAAUUAAUUGCAUCAACUCCAACAAUAGCAUACCGUCGACCACGGCAUGUCGAAACUACACCACCUAAGAUCAACAUAACGGAACCAGUUAAUCUACAAUUCACUUACAUGUCUCAUGGUAUAGCAUUAGUUUGUACCGCACUAACUGCUGGAACAUAUUAUGUGUUGUUAAGACCCUUUCCUAAAUUGCUACUAUCUAUCUACAACUAUAUCACUACCUCUGGUUGCAAUAACUGCUAUAAACAGACUGGGUGUUCAGCAGUAGCGUCUUUAACCUAUUUCUUCAUCAUGGCUACUUGUACUUGGACAUCUAUCGAAAUCAACAUUUCCAUAACUACAAAAUUGGGUCGUUUUAAACAAUACAAAAUUUCCCGCUAUUUUAUUUAUGGAUAUGGUACGCCACUCGUAUUGACGAUUAUUAUCAUUGCAACGCUGUACCCGAAUAUCGUCUUGCCGCCAUUUUGCUGGAUAAGCCCUAGGAAUAUUGAAUACAUCAUGAUAAUCCCUGUGUCCAUCUUAUCGGCGGUUAGCCUCAUACUCCUAUAUACUUACUACAGCGCCUAUCAAAAAUUAAGUCUAGAAGAACGGGAAAUACUAAAGAAAGAAAAAUUCAACUACUUUUUAAAUCCAUUUGUUAUACCACUGAUUGAUUUAACUAUUAUAAAAACUAGAACAACGAUAAUAGUUGACUGCUUUCUAGUCAUUCUGAUCGGAUGUGGUUGGCUAACGCGUGCAGCUGCAUUCAGCCAUCCAUCCCAGCAAAUUGAUGUACCUAAUGAUGUGCUCAUGAUAGCUUACGGAGUUAUCAUAAUAUGUUGGAAUUGCCUAUACAGGCGACAGAGUAGUAACCUUUACAUAGGAGCACCUUCCGAAGAUAGUAAUUCAAAUGAUGGGAUUCAUAAUAUAGAGAUGGAAGUCCAAACUGAUCAAGUGGGGCAACCAUCACCGCAGACUGUGUCUUAUGCUUGGUCACAUAGCCACGAAAGUAAUGCUCAUGGUUUCUCUGAUGUAGUGGACAAGAAUAGUGAAAUCCUAGACAACCAAUAUCACCCAAAAUCUGUGUCGAGUACGAUGAGUGGAAAUCAACGAGAUGCCGGCGUAAACACGAUGAUCUAUGAGUAA